CGUGACCGCACCGCACCGCAGCAAGGGAGGCCGGCCGAGGGCUCGCUUCAAGAGCCCGUGCGGGCUCUCUCGCGGCCCAUGUACCUCUCGGCCCUCGCCUCUUCUUCUCUCUCGCGGCUCGGAAUCGGAUCUAGAUUCCGGCGAGCGACCCUAGCAGCAGCAGAGGCGGGCGGCGUCUCCGGUUCCGGCGGGCGGCCAUGGCGGUGGCGGCGCCGGGGCAGCUGAACCUCGACGAGUUCCCCUCCUGGGGCUCCCGCGGCGUCGACUGCUUCGAGAAGCUCGAGCAGAUCGGCGAGGGCACCUACGGGCAGGUGUACAUGGCCAAGGAGACGGAGACCAACGAGAUCGUCGCGCUCAAGAAGAUCCGCAUGGACAACGAGCGCGAGGGCUUCCCCAUCACGGCGAUCCGCGAGAUCAAGAUCCUCAAGAAGCUCCACCACCAGAACGUCAUCCAGCUCAAGGAGAUCGUCACCUCCCCAGGCCCGGACCGAGACGAGCAAGGGAAGCCAAUCGACGGCAACAAGUACAAGGGGAGCAUCUACAUGGUCUUCGAGUACAUGGACCACGACCUCACCGGACUCGCCGACAGGCCCGGGAUGCGCUUCACCGUGCCGCAGAUCAAGUGCUACAUGAAGCAGCUGCUCACAGGCCUGCACUACUGCCACGUCAAUCAGGUGCUGCAUCGAGAUAUCAAAGGUUCUAACCUUUUGAUAGACAAUGAGGGUAACCUCAAGCUGGCUGAUUUUGGGCUUGCGAGGUCGUUCUCUAGUGAUCACAAUGGCAACCUGACUAACCGUGUCAUCACCUUAUGGUAUAGACCUCCAGAACUGCUUCUCGGAAGCACAAGGUAUGGUCCAGCUGUUGACAUGUGGUCUGUGGGUUGUAUUUUUGCUGAGCUUCUCAAUGGAAAGCCAAUCCUGCCAGGGAAGAAUGAGCCGGAGCAGCUGACCAAAAUUUUCGAGCUUUGUGGCACCCCUGACGAGUUAAUCUGGCCUGGUGUCACUAAGAUGCCGUGGUACAACAACUUCAAGCCUCCCAGAGUAUUGAAGAGAAAAGUUAAAGAUGCCUUUAAACAUUUUGACCGGCAUGCUCUGGACCUGUUGGAGAGGAUGUUAACUUUAGAUCCAUCACAGAGGAUACCAGCGAAGGAGGCACUUGAUGCAGAGUAUUUCUGGACUGAUCCCUUGCCAUGUGACCCGAAAAGUUUGCCAUCGUAUGAGGCAUCACACGAAUUCCAGACUAAGAAAAAACGUCAGCAGCAGAGGCAAGCGGAGGAAGCUGCAAAGCGCCAAAAAAUAAAUCAUCCUCCCCCACAUUCUCGCUUGCCUCCGAUCCAGCAUCCAGGCCAAUCACACCAGAUCAGGCCUGGCCAUGCGCCACCUGUGGCAGGUGGCUCGAGCCACUAUGCGAAACCUCGGGGACCUGGAGGGCCUAACAGGUACCCGCAGGGUGGGAACCAAGGCGCAGGCUAUAAUAACCCGAACCGCGGAGGGCAAGGCAGUGGCUAUGGCAGCGCCCCGUAUCCUCAGCAAGGAAGAGGACCUCCUCCGUUCCCUGCAGCAGGUGCUCCACGCGGUGGUGCCGGCAGUGGCUAUGGAGUCGGUGGCCCAAAUUACCCACCAGGCGGUCCGCCGUAUGGCACGUCUGGUCCAGGCCGAGGAGGCCCCAACUAUCCUCAAGGCGGUUCUCGCAAUCAGCAGCAGUAUGGUAGCUGGCAAUAAUAUUUGUCAUAUCACGUCGCGGUGAUACGCCCCUCCAGUUGGAGUAUUUUUAUUUGUAGAAUCUUUGCUGUCCAAAUUCUACUUUCUGUGAUUGUUGCGCAACAGCUCUUAAGGUACGUCCUUUAUGAUUCAAGCUGUAUUUUAUCAAUGUAUAAACUGAGAUUGUAGCACAACAGGCUAUUGCAGUGUCUCGUUUAUGAUUCAAUUUGUAUGUUAUGAAUACACGAAAUGUAUAAUCACCUUAUGAUUCAAGCUGUAUGUUAUGAAUGUAUGACCAUUAAUGA